UACAAAAGAAUGCACCUAUUGUAGAAUCGCUAAUAGCCAUCUCGAAUGUUCAGCCAACGCGAGCAGUGCAAUGAGAAGAAAAACAAUAACAACAAUGAAGCAAAGCAAAGCCUACUUCGAUGUUGGGAAACAAAAGCAGUAACAACAACGAAGCGCACCGUAGCCUACUUCGUUGCUUUCACUGAGUGAAGCUAAGAAUAAGAUUUUUAAAUCUGAAGUUCAGUUAAAUAAUUGGCGUCGCUGCGCACAAAAUGUGUGAGAAGCUGAAGGAGCUACUGGUUCAAUUUAACCAAGAAAAUUUAUUUAAGGAACUAUCUGACGCUGGCAUAACCUACAUAAGACUGCAAUACCUAAACGAUGCGGAUAUCUCAGAUGCUGUUAAAAGUGUAGGCGAACGGGCGGAGUGCAGGGAAAAACUUUGGCGACAACAAAAGCAUUCGAGACCUAAAAAAACGAUUUCAGAUUGGACCAACAAGUUUUUGCUAGAUGAAGUGCUUCGUGAAAGUCCUGAUGGUCGAUCACUUAUUUCAUUGCGUUCAGAUGACGAGAAAACACCCAGGCUAACUGAAAGUCAGCGUUGUAAACUAAUAAAUGCAAUUUGUAGCUACACAGCUGAGCACAACAUAGAAUUGCGAACAAACCACUUUUUGGACAUAGUAAAAGAAAUUGGAGAGUUUUUUCCAGGUGAAAAGGAAUAUCUGGACUAUUAUUACAUUAAAAGAAAAGUUGGUGGUAGCCCAUCCGGAAAAUUGUACUCAAAAUACGUAAACCUUUAUUACAAACGUAAAAGACUUAGCACUAUUUCGGCUGAGGCUACGAUCGUUGAGUCUUCUAAAUGUUCCGAAUCUCCAGAGUUUGACGAAAGGAUUUUAUCUGGUCUUAAAACAGAAUGGCAACGUGACUGCUCCAAUUGGGAUACAGUAUGCGAUAGAUGGGCCAAGACGUUUCCUCUGCGACGCAAAGAGUUGAAGGAAUUAAAUAACGUGCACUUUUUAAAACAGUGGCCGAAGUUAUUGGACGGCAGAUCAGUUUCUUUGAUAAAUAUUGACUUUGACGUGUUGUAUCCUUCCAAGCAAUAUAUUCUGAAGUCCAAGUUUGAAAAAUUUAAAAACAGGAUUUGUAAAUAUUACCAAAUAAAUUUGCGAAAUCAACUCUCUAAAUCAGCUCUAAAGGAUGCUAUAGAAAGCAAUAAUUUAAGUAUAACGAAGACUGCACAUUGAUUACGUUGCUGAACUCUACACUGCACCCUUCGUUCAGAUUCGAGGACUCAUCCGGUAAGAAGAAGAAAAAGGCAACUAUAAGUGAUGCAGAGGAUUUUUUUAUACUGCAUGUCAAAUGCAUUGCCAAUGUUCGUGAAAAAAUUCAAGAGCUAGUUGAAAAAAGCUUUGUAAAUGAUACAACUCUUCAGCCUUUUAUUAUUGUUGAAGGUGAAUAUAAAGCAUUUUAUUUAUAUUUAGAUCAAGUAACUCAUAAAUUCGACUCAUUUAUUGAUGCUCUUGACACAACUUUUAAAGUGUUUCAAGUACUUAACCUUGCGUAUCCAAAAGUAUGUCCUUUGCCAUGGACUUUUAUUCAAAUGUACUUCUAUGAAAUUGUAACACCUUUUGAUAUAAAAUCGCCUUCUCUUACCUCUCUUAUCAGUUUCAUGAAGGAAUAAAUUCUGUUAUUCAAAACGUAUAAUUGCUUUAUAUGUGAAAAAGUAUUCUCAACUAGCGACGAUCUAGUAAAACAUUUAAAAUUACAACAUUUUCUUACAGAAAAAGAUCGUAAAAAAUGUACAUUUGAAAACUGUAACCAAAUAUUUUCACAGUUCAAAACUUUUAAAAAACACAUUGAAAAACAUAGUAGCAAUAAUCAAAAUGUAAAAUCUAAGAUUCAAAACGAAGAAUGUAAAAAUGCAGGUCUAAAUACUUUAUAUAUAUCAGAAGAAACCCCUACGAAUUUUAACGAUUUUAGUGUUCAAAAUACAUCAAAUGCAAACAGAUCGCAACACUCAUCGAAUAAUUUACACAAUAAUACACUUUUCCGAAAUAAUUUGUUAGAACUAAGUGAGGACGUGCUUGAAUUUUCCGUCUCCUUGUAUGCAAAAAACUCACUUCCGCGAAGUGGAGCACUUGUAAUUCAAAAUAGAUUUUUAAGUUUGUUUAAAAAGAUUUCAAUAUGCAUUGACGAGAUAGUAAAAGAUUGCUUUUCCGUAACGGGUAACUUACGAUUUUUAUCUGAUUUUUGCUGCAAUGCGUUCCAUAGUGUGACAUCAGAGCAUAGUUUAAGAAAGCAUAUUAAAGGAAAAAACGAAUACCACAAAUCAGUAGUUAUCGAAAGCAAAACAAGCGAAGGGUUUACCAAAGGAAUUCUCACUUUUUCGCCAAGAGUAAGAUGUAUUGAAAUUAUGCCAAUAAGCUUCCAAAUCAAAUAAUUUUUUGAAUUACCAUCUGUCUUAGACAUAGUUGAGACAAAUACUCUUCAAAUGAUGAAGUCAAACAAUUAUACAAAUGUUGUCAAUGGUGAGGUAUUUAAGAAUAUUGCUUGCAAAAUAUCAAAUGCGGACGUAAUAAUUCCAUAUAACCUAUAUUUUGAUGACUUUCAAAUAAAUAAUGCGUUGGGAAGGCAUACAUAUUCAAUAUGUAGAUGCUACUAAAAUUUUCCUACGCUACCUGUUUAUUUGCAAUCUAAAUUAGAUUUUAUAUUCCACGCUUGUUUCUAGUGACAGUUUGAAAACUUGAGCAUUACUAUUUCCCUGCAUCAUUUAAUAAAAGAAUUAAUGAUACUUGAAAGUGGUAUAACGAUUUUAUCCAAAAGGGUUGUAUUUGUUUUGAAUUUUAUAAUUGGCGAUAACCUCGCUGUCAAUAAUGUUCUUAGAUACACGCAGUGUUUCAACUCAAUUCGAUUUUGCAGAUUUUGUAAGAAUACUAAAUCAGAAACAAGGAUCAGUGCAGAAGAAACCAACCUCAGAACAGUACUAUCUUACGAAAAUGACUUAAAACAUAUUAACUCCGGAAUCAAAAGUGAGUGUCCCUUGAAUAAAUUAAGAUAUUUUCACGUUAUUAAUAACGUUUCCUUCGAUAUAAUGCAUGAUAUGUUAGAAGGUGUUUGCGUGUACGACACUUCAAAAAUUUUAUUAAGCCUUAUUGAAUCCAAAGUAAUUACCAUUGACUUACUAAACAACAGAAAAAAUUUAUUUCCAUAUGGUGAAUUAGAAGUUGGCAAUGUGUCAAAAGUUUUAUCUAAGAAAAACUUACAAUCAUGCAACCUAAAAAUGACUGCAUCUGAAAUGUUGUGCUUUAUAAGAUAUUUGCCAUUAAUGUUAGGUGAUAUCGUUCCAAAAGAAAAUAUAUUUUGGAAGUCUCUCCUCAACCUAAUAUCUGUCCUUGAUUUUCUUAUGAAAGAUGAGUAUUCAGAAAAUGAUUUGAUUUAUUUAGCAAAGCUCAUCAAAGAACAUCAUGAAACAUAUGCUCGUUUAUUUGGACAUCUCAAACCAAAACACCACUUCAUGGUACAUUAUCCGAAAGCAAUACGAAUGGGUGGCCCAUUGAAAUACUUGUGGUCAAUGAGAUUCGAGGCGAAACACAAAGAUACUAAAAUCUAUUUCAACAGCAUAACUUCACGCUUGAAUCCAUCUAAAAGUAUAGCGCGAAAAAGUUGUUUCCAAUUUUCUUAUUUUUUACUAAAAUAUUCCUUAGGGGUUCCAAAAGAAUUCGAAGAAAAUUAUUUUCAAAAUCAUAACCCAGAUCUUUUAAAAAUCUUUGAAAGCAAUGAAUUUGGAAUUGAUAUAAAAUCAGCAAAAACAUCAUAUGAAAUAACUUAUAAAUGUUCCAUAUAUAAACAAAAAUACUACAUUGGCAUUCUCUGCAAAGAUUUUAAGCUUUACAAAAUUAACUUUUUUUUGCUAGUUAAUGACAAAAUAUUCAUAGCAUGUAAUGAAAUUGCAAUAAAAGGAUUUGACAAGCACUUUGUGGCUUAUGAAGUAGGAGAAUGUGUUAAUGAAAACAUUGUUACUCCAAUAGAUAACUUUUCUACUCGUCCCAUGCAUUUGUACACAAUUGCAAAUGGUAAAUGUUGCCGUCAAAUCGCCAAUUUCACCAAAUUCACCACAUUGAAAUAUUAGAAUUUUUCUCUCCUAAUGCAUCCCUGAAAAAUGACUGUGAACACACACCGGAGAAGAGGAAGAAGACGAAAUUUUUUAAAGCUGCUCGCGCUAACUUAA